UGCUCGGCGCCCUCUUUGCAUCAAUGAGCCUGUUGAUCAGGAAAGACCACCGCUCUGGCGAUGCCACAGUUCACCGAUCAGACCUGCAGAAGAUGAAACUCGCCUUUCACCGCCCUGCUUAUUUAAGGGGGACGUUCUGGCCCGGCUCUCCACUCUACCUCAGCAUCCUCCGGGACGCGGCGAUGUGGACCGUCGCGCCGCUGCUGCUGCUGCUGACCGCCGCGUCAUCCACCGAGGCAGACUACUGUUACAGUCAACACCACUGUGAUCCGUAUGCCUGGGGAGAUCUGUUUCCUUCAUGUCACCCCCUCCUUGAACGCCGUCACUCUCCCAUCAACUUGGACCCCCACAUGCCCAGAAGCGACUCCUUGGGGCCUCUUCAUCUGGAGGGCUUCGAUGUGACUCAGUCGGGCUACUGGACCCUCACCAACGAUGGUCACUCUGUCCUCCUGCAGGUUGGCAGCGGCAUGGCGGUGAGCGGCGGGGGCCUCCCGGACGAGUACCACACCAUCCAGCUGCACUUCCACUGGGGGGGCCCGGCCACCAACGGCUCGGAGCACACGGUGGACGGACGCCGAUACCCGAUGGAGAUGCACAUCGUCAGCGUGAAGUCCAUCCAUCCCAACAUGUCCGCCGCGCUGGAGGAUCCAACAGGCCUGGCUGUUCUCGGCUUCUUCAUCGACGUGGUCUAUGCAGACAACGUGCACUUUGGACACAUUUCCCAGAUGCUGUCUUCCGUAGCCUACAAAGGCCAAACCGCUAAAGUCAAACCUUUUCCUCUGAUGGGGCUCCUGCCCAAGCACAACAUGAGUCAGUAUUACCGUUACCACGGCAGCCUCACCACCCCUCCCUGCUCUCAAGCAGUCGUGUGGACUUUAUAUCAAGUCCCCAUUUACAUCUCGUGGUCGCAACUGGCUCAGUUUACCUCUCAGAUCUUCGCCACGGAGGAGGACGCCGAGCAGGUGACCCCGCUGCAAAACAACUUCAGGCACAUCCACCCCAUCUUCGGUCGCAGCGUGACCGCCUCCAGAGACGCCAUGCUGCCCAAGGGCGCGGCGGGACGGCCCGUCAGGUCAGCUGCUCUUCUGCUUCCCAUCACCUUUCUGGGAAGCUUUGGGCUUUAGCAUCCCUGCUGAGUCACCCCAAAACCAGCUCUUCACUGUGUUUUACAGCUUAAACAAAACAGAAAUUAUAGAGAUUCUAUUUUAAAAGUGUUAGACCUUUUUUAUUCUUCCUCAAACAUUUCACUCGUUCAAGUGUCAAAGCGUUGACGAAGGUCUGAUUAAACGAUCACCAGGACUCAGGGAAGAGCAGAUCAGAACUAUGACUGAAGAUUUACCACCAGAUUAUAACUAAACUCUUUUUUGAAGAAAAGUUUCAAAUUGAUUUGAGGCAACAAUGUACAUUUUAAAGUACACUUUUAAUCUCAUUUACAGGGUAGAAAUGUAGCACUAAAGGAAAAAAGAUAAAAAUAUAUGAUAAACUGUGAAAAAAAGUACUGUAAAUGUUAUUUUAUGAGUCUCUAAUACUGUCAUUAUCACAUUGCUAACAGAAUAACUUAAAAUAAGCUGAAGGAGAGUCUAAAUUUAGGAAAAAAAUAUUAUUCUGUUGUUUUUUUGUCAUCAUUUUUAGUCAGAACUUUACACAAUUUAACCAAAUUUACUUAAAAAGAACUUUGAACAGGAGUUAGAAUUAUAUCAAUCUGAUAACAACAAAAACAUAAUUUUUUACAUUUUUUUAAAGGAAAGUGGAAUCAAUGAUUUAAUUUCUUCUUUAUAAAAGCAUUCUCAGCUUUUUAGACUCUUUUAUUUAAAAGAAAAAAAAAUAAUGUAGAUUAUGUGUCAAAGGGCAUUAAAGUGACUCAAAGAUGUAUCAAAAAAUGAAACAAAAAUUAUUGAUCUAAGGAGUUUGGAACUGUUUCGAGGUUGUUCUGGUUCAUGAAACCUCAACAUUUGGAUCAGAACUCAUGAUCCAAAUCUGUUCAGCUCAGACGUCAGCCUCUUUAAUGACUUUAGAAGGCUGAACUUGAUCUGCAGGAUUUGGAUCAGCACCCUCUAGACCCAGACAUGCUAAAUGUCACCCUAAAACCUUCAAAAAAGGUUUUCAUCAUACUUUAUCAUCCUACUUUAGUGUCAAAACAGUUCAAAUCAGCACAUAAUAAAAAAUAUUUUGUAAUGUUGUGAAAGAAUUUGAUGCAAAAUUGAAUUUGGAAGGGAGAUAAUUCAGAUUUGUAUUACUUUUGGAAUAUUACUUUUCAAAUAAAUUGAUAAAAAUAAUAAAAAUAUAUAUUUUUGUUAGGACAAAAAUUCUAUAUUUUCGACAUCCUCAGAAAUUAUUCUGACCAAAAAUAAUGCCUUUAUUAUGAUAAUAUAACUAAAAUCAUGUGAUUCUGUCACAAAGGAGGCACACGUUUUCUCUUGUGUUCCUGCUUUUAGGUUUUGUGAUUUAUUUUUUUCAUCAUGCUUUUGUGAUAAAUUCUUGAUUUUUUUCCUCAUAUAUCUUUUUGAUGGUUAAAAAUCAGAAACCAUGAACCCCUUUAUGUCAUAUUUACCAUUAAAUAAACAAUAAAUGUGUUUUUUAACAUGCAAUUAGGAAUAAAUUCAGGCAUGAAAGAGUUAAUAUAAUUGUUUUGGCAAUGAUCCUGUUUGCAUCCAACAUUUAUUCUACUUUUUGUAUGAUGUAAAAAAAAUAUCUUUGCAAAAAAGUCAGUUUUGAAAUCAAGAUAAUUUCCAUUUUUCCAUUUUAACAUUUAUGUCCCACAUUUAUUUUGUAUUUAAACAAUAAAAGCAUUAAUUUCUGUCAUGUUUGACUUUUUUUUACAUUCAACCUGAAAUUUUGAGUGCAAUUUUCCUUUUUUUACCUAAUAAGGUAAGGUAAGGUAAUACAAUGCGAUGAGCAGACCAUGUAGUUGCUUUGAUUUCUUUCAAGUUAAAAUAAACUUUGAAAAUGGAUGUGGACUCAUCAAGAUUUGUUACAGUCAGUUUGAAAAAGCAUAGUACAUUAUAAAUUGACAAACACGAAUAGUUUUGAAUAAAUCAGAACAUCACCCAAACACGUAAAGUUGGAUAUCUUGCCACAAUUCCCUGAAGGCAAGAAAAAUGAAUUCUGGAUUUUCAGGAAAAGUGCUUUAUAUGGAAAAAAGUUAAGACAGCGGUUUCUGUAAAACCUCGUGUACACAGAGUCAAGGGGAAGUGCUUGAAAAAUAAAAAAUAUAUAUAUAUAUUAGUAAAAAACAUGUAAAACAACAAAAAAAAAUCUAAAAUGAAGCUGGAACAGGGUCAGCAUGUUAAAGGAAUCUUGAAACUGAAGCUCAAAUGAGCAACUUCUGGAAAAAAAAUUGUAAACA